AUGAUAAACCAACAGAAUAAAAAGCCGUUUAAAGCAGCAUUUCUGUCUCCAAAUGACGUACAUCACUAUUGACAAGACCGAGUUAAUACAGAAAAUUCAAUAAGAAAACGAAUGCUUAGGACUCUUGCAGACUCAUAUAAAGGAGCACGCUCCCUUUCUCCUGAUAAGACAUUCCAAAUCUCAAUUUCAAGGUCUGGAAGAACAGCUAAAGUAAGAGAAGAAAUUUUUUCAUCAGAUCUCGCGUCUCUUUUUACAAAGAAAAUUAAUUUGAAAGAAAAAGACAACUCUUUGGCCAAUUCUCCAACAAAAUAUAGCGAAAUUCCGAAAAGAAAUAUUAAAACUACAAGGCAUAAUAAUGGAGAACAUAUCCCAAAUACAAUAAAUGAAAGUAAAUUUGUGGAUUAUUUGGACCGUUUUGCAAAAAGUAGCUAUUUUAAGCCAAACCAGAGACAAGAAGAUGCACCGAAUAUUGAUGAUAUUUUAGAUGAUAUUAGGACUGACCCUACGAUUCCUUAUUCAAGAAAAGUUCAUUUAAUGCAGCGAGCUUUGCUCCAAAACAAGACAUCUGACAUUUCGACAUUAAGAUACUGAUAA